UGUACCAAGAACAGUUUACAUCGUGAAAUGAGGUUGGUACUUACUACUCAGCACUGUAGAGAUUGAAUAUUGAACUACGGAUUAUUUAAUGACCAUAAUUGGUUGUGUUGAUAGCGGUUGCUUCUACCUACGCUAUGGAUACAACAGUUUCUGAUAAAACGAACCAUUCAAAGGAUUCUAUAAUAGAAACAAUGGAAAAAUCAACGGAACCCCAACCUGAACCUAUCGGAAUAGAAGAAACGCCAUUGCAGUCCCCUUCAAAUGACGGAAAAAUUAAUUCAGAUGUUACUAUGCAGUCCUAUAACGAAAUUACAAUCAUACCUAGCUUAACUACACUAAAUGUCCCAUUAGUAGAAGACCCAGCGUUACAGCCCGAACUGAACUUGAUCAGUAAUACUGAAAUAGCAUUGGACGAUCCUGAUACACAAAUAAACAAUUCGAAUGGACAAGUUGACAACCAGCAUGUCCCAUGUCAGAUUAAGGCAGAGAAUCUAAUGUGCAAAAUGCUUGCAAAAUCUAUAGACUCUCCAAAUGGGAAUUAUUUAAAGGGCUGCAAAUGGUCUCCAGAUGGCCUGUGUUUUCUUGUUAACAGCAAUGACUGUUGUGUAAAACUAUUCAACACACCUUCAUUAUGCAUAAAACAAGAAAGGUUGAAAGAUGAAGAUAAUUUAAAGCCAUGCCUGAAAGCUGUUGAACCAGAAAUAGUGUAUGAUUUUUGUUGGUGGCCACAAAUGAAUUCUGGGGACCCAGCAACUUGCUGUUUUGCCACGGCAGCAAAGGAUCAACCUGUACAUUUAUGGGAUGCCUUUACAGGAGAACUUCGGGCAUCUUACAUUGCUUUGAACUCGGUUGUGGAGAUUCAGGCUGUUCAUAGCCUUGCCUUUUGUCCAGAUGGACAACAACUGCUUUGUGGUUGUAAAAGAGAGCUUGUUCUAUUCUACACCGACCGCCCUGGCUCAGAUUUUGAAAAAUGGAGCACUUGUAGAAAGAACUCAUCCAAGAAGCAAAAUAACAUUAUAUCCAGUGUUGAAUUUGGACCAGAUGGGACAGUGUUUGCAUGUGGUUGUUAUGAUGGAACUGUUGGCCUAUACAGUCCAAUGAAUGGAAAUAUGCUUGAACAAUUCCAAGCACAUAAACAUGGUGUUACUGAAAUUAGGUUUGCAACAGAUGGAAUUAAACUAUAUAGUGGUGCUCGCAAUGAAGACUUAUUGAAGUGUUGGGAUAUUCGAUAUUUAACACAACCAGUGUUUGAAGUUACAAGAAAAGUAACCACCAACCAACGCGUGUACUUUGAUUUGGUCCAACAGCAGGGGCACAAUGAAGAAUUACUUGUUUCUGGGGGUACAGAUGGAGUCGUAAGAUUCUGGGACGUAACAAAAAGCUUUCCUGCACCUUGCCAUACUUUUACUGCACAUAAUGAUUGUGUGAAUGGGUGUAGUGUUCACCCAUAUUUACCAUUACUUCUUACUUCAUCAGGACAAAGGAAAUAUCCGGAGCCACUUGAAAGUGAUGAUGAGUCAGAAGAACUGCUAUCAAUGCAGGGUAUAGCAGAGGAAAAUAAUGUCAAAGUAUGGUUGCUAUCCAAUGACCCACCCUUAUGAACAAAACAUUAUAGAAAGCAUACUGAAUGAGAUCCAAAGUUGCAAAAAGUCCAAUGACUCAAAAUGAUUUCAUAUAAAUUUCAACUUUUUUGUUGUUUCAAGAUGUGGUCAUAGUGGUCCCUUUAAUUUAACUAUGUUACUACAUAGUGGACAUAGCGGACAUGUACUAAGUAAAGGAACCGUGGUCAUAAUAACGACUCCUACUCAUAUAACAUAUCUAUACUCUCCUACUUUGAUUGUACCCGAAUUGAUAACAAACAUAAAUCUCAGUUAUAGAAACAGGGGCAUGAUUUAUUUGGUUGCUUCAAUAACUGAAUUACAAAAGCACCAGAACAUUUUUUUCCUUUUUCAGUGUGAAGGACAUAUCUCAUGUAUAAUCGGAUAAUCUUCAAGUGCCUUUUUCUACAACAACAAUAAAAUUUUUUUCUUGUUAAGCAUCAUAUACCAACACACAGUAUACAAAGCCUUACCAUCUCUUGCUCGUAUUUUUGAAAUGUAACCAUAACUUCUGUUUUUACGAUAGUUUUCAUAAGGAUCAUUCAUAUCAUUACCAAGGCCUUUGAACUGAUCAUAUUUAUCUCUUGUAUCUCCAGCUUUAACAGGAUCCUUGCAAAAAUGUAAUUGUGCAAAUUUUUUACAACAAUUUUUAUCACUUGUGUUACAACUUGCAAUCAAAGUUGCCAAACUUUUAUUUCAUAAAUAACGGGUUUUAAAACUUGUCACUUCCAGCGAACUAAUGAAUAUUGUUAAUGUUUUCACAAUUUUUGCGAGGGGUCGCAGAUCAUACCACUCAACACACAUGACUUGUGCUUAGGCUUAGUUAUAAAAACAAAUUUUACCUGUUAAAAGAUACAGUUGGUUUUAUAGUUCCUAAUUUAUUGCAGGUUAAAUAGAAAUUAGUUCCAAUAGUUAUCUCAAACUAUUCUCUU